AUGACCUUAAACUGCGACAACAAGCCUGAUCUAACAUUAAGUCCCCGGGUUAGGAAGCUCUUGGAGCUGGAAAGUCAGUUUACAGUCGGCGGCUUCGAACCUCUGCCGUAUUUCUUCGAGAAAGCCCAGGGUUCUCUGCUAUGGGACGUCGAUGGAAAUCGAUAUAUCGAUUUUAUCGGUAUGUUCAGUGCUGUCAAUACAGGACACUGCCAUCCCGAUAUCCAGGAGGCUGUGAUCGAACAGUUAAAGAAAGGGUAUGGCCUUGACAGCAAAAUUCAGAUGAACACAAACCCACGCACUGGUGAAGUACUGGAGUAUCUCGACCUAGACAGGAUGAGAACUUGUCUCGAAGAGCACAAAGAUCGAGUGGCUGCCGUUAUCAUGGAAUGCAUACACGGAUAUAGCCAAGACGUAAAUGAGGAGAUUAGCUACGCCCGAGGCGUUUAUGAUCUCUGUAAAUCCAUGAAUAUCCUCUUCAUCGCGGACGAGGUGCGACAAGGUGUUGGAAAAACCGGAAAGUUUUUCAGUUUCCAACAUUUAGGUCACGACGUGAAACCAGACAUCGUGACAAUGGGAAAAUCUAUCACGGGAGGUUUCUACCCCCAGUCGUUCAUCAUGGGCCUGGACGCAGUCAUGGCGUCUGUUGGGCCAUAUGAAAUGGCUAGCACCUAUGGCUUCACUCCGAUAGGAAUUGCAGCUGCAAACGCGACUAUCGACGUGAUCGACAAAGAAAAUCUGAUCGAACGAGGUGUCUCUUUAGGGAAUCUGUGGAAGAAGACUGUCGAAUCUUGGAAUCAUCCUCUUGUGGACUAUGUUGCACAGGUCGGCGCCGACUCUAACUUGAUCCUUCGGGAAGUGCAGCCCUCCCGUGUAGCAGCUCUGUGCAUGCAUCGAGGGCUAUUUGUGUAUCCUAAGCCAGACGGGAUACGACUGAGCUUCGCUAUGACCAUGUCGGACGAACUGCUGCUUGAAGGAGCAGCUAUUCUGAAAGGAUGCCUGGAUGAUGUGGACAAUUACGGGUUGAUUGAAUUGGAGUGA